GGGACCAUGACCGUCAACAAAAAGUACACACGCGUCUUGCUUUUCUCCAUACCUUUGGUCUUCACCGCACUCUGCAUUCGCGUCAGUCAUGUCUGAGUCCCAGAUAUUUGAGCCCAUUCCCGUCCCCGUCCUACCUGACCCCAAGCCUCUUCCUGAACUAAGUGCAAAUGAGGCCAUGAUGUAUGAAAAAGUAUACCAGCAUUUUGUGCAAGAUGGAUAUGUAGUCCCAGAGCUCGAGAACGGCGAGUUACUGGAAGAGGAGAAGAUGUGGCUUUCAUAUGAAUGCAUCCUUCGAUAUCUUCGCGCUACGAAGUGGGACGUGAACGAGGCCAUCAAACGUCUGGAGGGAACGCUCAAAUGGCGACGUGAAUACGGGCUAUACGAUACUGUUACCCCAGACCUUGUUGAGCCCGAGGCAGUCACUGGCAAAGAGUUCAUAUUUGGCUACGACACUGCUGGACGACCGGCGACCUACAUGAUCCCCAGUCGGCAAAAUACAGAGGAAAGCCCUCGCCAGAUACAGUACACUGUGUGGAUGCUUGAACGCGCAAUUGACCUCAUGGGUCCAGGAGUAGAGACACUUGCACUCAUGAUCAACUACGCCGAUAAAGCGAAGAAUACAUCUCUUAGCACUGCACGCACAGUUCUGAACAUCCUCCAAACACAUUAUCCAGAGCGUCUGGGAUUAGCGCUGAUCUUGAAUACUCCAUGGAUGCUUUACGCUUUCUACAAGGUCGUUACGCCUUUCAUCGACCCCAUCACUCGUCAAAAGAUGCGAUUCAAUCCCAAGGCGGUUGCGGAUGGCAUAUUCGUACCAGAAAUGCUUGUCAAGCAGUGGUGGGGUGGUGCUAUGGAUUUCGAAUAUGAGCAUGGUAAGUACUGGAAGGGGCUGGUUGGUAUGUGUGACGAGAGAAGGAGAGAGCUUUUGGAGAAGUGGAGGGAGAUGGGUGCUGCUAUUGGGUUAAAAGAGUGGGAUGUGAAGCGGGCUGUAGAAGCUAGCACAAGCGUGAAUAAUGUGGAGGAAUCGAUAAUUGUCGACGACGAAAAAAUGAGCCCUGUUGAAGGGAUCCCAGGUAAUGGCAUUGCUAUUUGAUUUAUAUUGAAUUUCUAUCCAUCUAGAUAUCACGACUAUUGCAUACUCAAAAUGUUCAGGCUCUUUAUAUACCAAUAUACAUAUACUUGAUAAUUUCUGAUAUACUCGAACCUACAUGUGCCCAGAUGCUGUAUAUUGGGCAAUUGGAUACGUCGUUUUCCACAGGUAUAUUCACCUAUUAUCACUCUUUUUCGUGCAUAUACCGAAUUUACUUGGUAAUGCGGUGGAUAAAGAAUGGUUCGAGACCAACUUUGAGAAUUGUCUCAUGUACAUAGGGGCUUGAAUCUCUUUUUCGUGUCUGCACACGAGCUUUUU